AUGCAUUCCACAGUGAAUGUGAAUGCGACACUCAAUAGAGUUGGUUUCUUACCGGCGGUGGCGACUUGGUACGGCAACCCCACCGGAGCAGGAAGUGGUGGAGCUUGUGGUUUGGAAAAUGAUGUGAUAAAUGCUCCUUACCACGGCAUGAUUUCGGCCGGAAAUGGCAAUUUAUUCCGCUCCGGUGCCGGCUGUGGGACAUGUUAUAUGGUGAGAUGCAGAGAUAAUCCAGCUUGUUCGGGAUAUCCAAUUCAUGUGACAAUCACAGACGAAUGCCCUGGCCUAUGUAACAAUGAACCUUUUCACUUUGACUUAAGUGGAAAAGCUUUUGGUUCUUUAGCAAAACCUGGCCAUGAAGAUCAGUUGAGAAAUGCAGGAAGGAUCAACAUUCAAUAUGUGAGAGUGAGAUGCCACUACAGGGCUCAUAUAGCAGUGAAGAUCGACUCGGGGUCAAACCCUUACUAUCUAGCCAUGGCUGUGGAGAAUGUGAAUGGAGAUGGUGAAAUCGAUCGAAUUGAGAUAUUAGGUCAAGGUUCGAAAUCAUGGGAGGCUAUGCAACGUAACUGGGGUGAGACUUGGAAAUUUAAUGUGCCUAGUGGAACUAUUGGACCAUUUUCAAUUAGGUUCACAGAUCGCAGCUCAAGAACAGUUGUAGCUAAUAGACUCGUGCCGAGAGAUUGGACUCCCGGAAAAACAUAUUACUCAAGAAUUAAUUUCCGUUAA